UGAGGACUCUAGUGGUGGUGCUGUUGGUGAUGAUGACUGGUCACUACGCCUCUGGGGACACUAACCUGCCGCCCACACCCCGCCCACAACCCACUGCCCUCUCUCUCCUGCCCCGCCCACAGCAAAAUGAGGCAGCAUCCUUGAGCCAGCUGCUGACGACAGUGGUCAGGGAGGAUCUGAGGGACUGUGACCUGGUGUUUGUUGCUGAUGGAAGCCUCCAGUGGCAGGAACCUCUCCACCAACUCCUCAAACUCCCCAAUCCCAGACAGGUCGUACACGUCACAGAUUCUGAAGACUUUGAACGGGUGGGUAUACUGUCAUCAAGUUGUCAAGGAAGGGUUUUCCUGGUAGAUGAUCCAGCUCUUCUUCUCACUUAUGCCAACAAGAGAGAAUCUUCCUGGGAUUAUUCUGGCAGGCAGGUGGUGGUGGGUUUGACCAAGGAGCAGCUGAAGGACUUAACACUAACCAAGAGUGGUAGAAAAACGCAGCAUAUUGUGGGAGUGGUCAAGUCUGGGCUUCUAGGAACUUUAUGGCAGGUGUAUAGGAACCAACUAUACACUGGUGAAGAAGUGAUCAAUGUUGGCACCUGGCAGCAAAAUAGGUUCACCAGAAAACGGGACCUUUUCCCAGACAAACUAGCUAAUCUCCAUGGUGCUGUUUUAAAGGUUGCACUUUUCCAUUACAUUCCAGCCGUAUUCAUUGAACGGACAGGUAAUGACUCUAUAGUGCAUCAUUAUGGUCGAGACGUGGAUAUUAUCAAGGUGUUGUCCAGCAUCCUCAACUUUACAAUAGAAAUCCUAGCAGUUCCUUCAGAUGAACUGUGGGGUGAGAGGCUGGACAAUGGCUCCUAUAAUGGAAUGAUUGGCUUCCUCGGCAGAGAUGAAGCUGACAUGGGUUCUGGCAACUUAUACAUGUCAUCUCAUCUGGGCCGCCUGAACCACAUGACCUAUACUACCUCUACCUUCACUGAUGUUAGAAAAGAUUUUAUGCUCAUCCAUACACACCGACCUUAUGAUAUGCAUCAGUGUACCUAUGUUGUGAACCCUGUUGUCUCUUCAUCAUGCUUCAUGUCAUGGGUGGAGCCACCACUACCCCGAUGGCAAUCACUGGCACUUCCCUACCAACUUGAAACCUGGCUGGCACUUUUAGGGGAACUACUUCUCUGUUCCCCUUUCCUCUAUAUUCUGGCCAAAACCACCAGUAUGAGGGGAGAAGAAGAACUUUCAAACUUCCAGUCAGUGACAUACAGUAGCCUUUAUGUCUUUGGCAUGCACUUUCGCCAGCCACAGGGACAGUUACCCAUUCGUAUUAACACACAGAUCUUUUUGGCAUUUUUGUGGUUGUACGCCAUCAUUAUCACCACAGGCUACAGCUGCAAUCUUACAGCUUUCCUCACGGUGACGAGAGACCCACCAAGAAUUGAGACAAUCAAGGAGCUUCACGAAUCAAAACUACCUGUGUUUGGUCUUGGGGAUUAUUUCAAGCUUUCAAUGCUCCAGUCAGUGAAUAAACAUGUCAGGGGUCUUGCUGAUAAAUACGUAGCAGUCUUUGAUGUUUCCACGAUUGAUAGAAACAUCUUGCAUGGUAAGGGUGUUGGUAUCCAGGGUUACAGCUAUAUGAAGUACGUUAUAAAAAAGGACUACACAUCAGCCAGUGGUCGUGCCAGAAUGAGGAUCUUAAAGGAAUGUUUUGCAUCUCACGCUAUUACCGUGGGUCUUCAGAGACACUCACCACUCAAGAGGAAGUUUGACAAAGUCAUCCGCUGGAUGGUGGAAGGUGGCCUUAUUGAUCAAUGGUUUUUAGAAUCAGUUGAUCUUUCCAUACAGAUUGAAAAAAGAAAAAAGAAGGCUCAAGGAAUUGGAGAUAGUAAAGCUGAAGACAUGAGCACUGCUGGGAGUGAGGGGGUGAUUCCUCUUGGCCUGGACCACAUGCAGGGAAUCUUUCUGAUCCUAAUUAUUUGCUGUAUAAUCUCUAUCUUAGUGUUUAUGGCUGAGUUUAUGUUGGUAGAAAGAAAUAGAUCUUAAAUAAGUUUAUUUGGGCUUGAUUGAAGAUUAAUUUAGCUUUAAAAAAGUCAGCAAUAUUAUUAACUCCAGUGGUUGAUUUCCUUAGAAUAAAGAUGCAAGGGGCAAAACGGAGCAGAAGAAAUUAGUAAAAAUAUCUAUGUAGUGAAUGAGUUUCAAACAGUCCUAAGUAAAUUCAUGCUUGCUUUGCUUUUGCGGAGUCUUCUCUUGAAAACUGCAAUGUGAUAAUUUUAUUUUGCCUUAUAUGUUUGUAGGACUGUUUGGGUAACUAACUAGUCACAGCAAGAGGGUUAAUAUUCCAGUUAAUGUAUAGAAUUACUGGUUUAUUUGCACAGUAGCCACCAAACCUAAUCCCAAAGUGGUAAUUAUUAUGAUAUUAUGACAAAAUCCAUCUCAGCAAUCAAGGCCAGAGCUGCAGCCCAUAUUUCAGUGCGUAGAUUACAAUUUAACCUAUUUAGACAUACAUUCUUGGGUAGUUGUAAUUUUUUUUUUAAGGUUCUAUCUGAAUGUUAGUAAUUGAUGGAGAGUCUUCUUUAGUUCUUGAUUCCAGCCACCCUAUUUAUUAAGAAAUACAAUAUGCUUAACUGAUUAGUGAUUAGUAUCUAAAAAUUGAGUCAUAAGAUUGUUUGAAAAGAUAAGUUGUAUUUCAUGACACUUGUAUACUUGUACUGUAUAUGGAACAAGGAAAUCAGUGAAUGCUACUUGUAACUCUUUAUAAGCUUUGUGUAUUUUCAUCACUAAUAUUUGUAGCAGGAUGGCAUAUACUGUACAGUAACUAUAAUUGGUACUUUUACCAUUUAUUUUUAUCCUGUAUGUAAUUGUAGUAACUAAUACUAAAAAAAAUACCACAUCUUAGCUAAUGUUUCUCAUGUUCAUCAAAAUGUUAAAACAGAAAGUGUCUAAGA